AUGUAUAUAUCACCAGGAAGGUCUAAUACUACAUUGUUCAGAUAUCACCACAAAACAGUUAGAUAUUGUUCUGGCAAACUGGACGGUGGGCCAUAUGUAUUGUCAGUGUACUUCCGCCUUUUGUAUACCCUCCGGAGAGAAAACAAUGGAAACGAUUCUAAAAAAGAUGUUGCUUCAAGAAAUCAACGAUCAGGAAAGAGACGUGGAAAUUUUAAUGCAGGUGGUGGUAAUUACUCAUUUAAUGAUGGACAGGGUAGAAAACCAACACCACAAAAGUACAAGAACACAUGGGAUAAAAGACCAAGGCAACGCGGGGAGUGUUCCACAGGAAAUAGGGGUGACUUAGAAGAGGAGGAGCUAGGAGUCGAGUUCGGCUCUGCGAUCCAGGCAGGAUCCAAGAAAGGCAACCUCAAUCAUCUGCUCAAUUUUACUUACGAGCAUGAGAUCAACCCUGGUGGCAACCGAGGGGCAGGAUAUGGGGGCGGGGCUCACUGGAGCAGGGGCAGACAAAUACGAUAUAGAAAUGCGUAUUCUAGAAGCAGUAAACUUUGCUACAACAAGGAACAGUUCCUGCAGGCUAACUGUCAGUUUGUAGUGAAAGAUGCUGGUGAUUACUCUGUACAUUUAAUGGACCCUGAUGUUCUGGUAGACUGGGAUAAAGUUGAGCAAGUGCGUGUGAUUGGCACUGAACCCCCAUCAUGCCCGAUCUGUCUGCAGUACCCUAUAGCUGCCAAGAUGACCCGAUGUGGUCAUAUCUAUUGCUGGGCUUGCAUUCUUCACUACCUUGCCUUAGGCGAGAAGACAUGGAGGAAAUGCCCUAUAUGUUAUGAAUCAGUGCAUAGUGAUGAUUUAAAAAGUGCUGUAUGUCGUGAAGUAGGAAACUUUAAAGUUGGUGACACUAUAACAAUGACAUUGAUGAAGAAAGAGAAAGGUAGCAUUUAUGCAGUUCCUGCUGAAUUUUGGCAGAAACAGCCUGGCAAGUGUCAUAAUAUACAAGAGAAUGAAGAUGUAACUCGCCAUGUCAAGCUGCUCACUGCCACACCAGAUCAAGUGUUAGAAGUUGUAGAUGUUGAGAAACAACAGUUGCUUAUGCAGUUGGUUGAUGCUGAGUCAUCGGAGGAACCAUUUAUCAAGGGUGCUCAGGAACAAAUAAAGGCGAGAGAAUUAUCAUUGCUGGGUAUAUCUGAAGUUCAUAAAGAAGUAGAGAAAGCUGUUGAUAAAGUGAAAAGAACCAAAUCCGAUACAGAUAUCGCAACAAGAAAGCAUUCCAGUAGUGUCCAGAAAAUCAAACAGUACAAGUCUGCAUUCUCUGAUGAAGAAGACACUGAAGAGGUUAUACAAGAAAACACAGCAAGUGAUGGUCAGAAUGUGCAAGAACAAUCAAGUAAUCAAACUGCAACAUCCAAAGAUGGAAAAACAAGCCCACCUAUGCCUGUAAGUACCUCACCACCUGAACAGCCGGGAACAGAAGAGUUUCCUGUUGGUUCCCCAGAGGCGAAAGCCCCUCCCAUAGAAUUGAUCCCAGACAUUAUGCCCGUGGAGGAAGCCGCUGAACACCUCGAGUUACCUACACAGCAUGGGGACAAAACUAGGCAUAAAUCUGGAGAUAAUGCAUUCUACUUCUAUCAAGCUGAUGAUGGUCAACAUAUCUACAUACAUUCUCUCAAUGCAAGGUGCUUGGUCAAAGAAUAUGGUAGCUUGGAAUACUGUCCGCAGAAAAUUACUGCUUCCAUUGUAGAAAAAGAAGGUGUAUUUGUCACAGAGGAGUUAAGAAAGAGAUUGCGUUACCUGAGCCAUUUACCUCUAACCUGUGCAUUUGAUGUUGUGGAACUGGCACUUAAACCACCACUCAUUGGAAAAGAAACGCUGAAACAUUUUUCAGAUGAUAUAGAUAAACGUAGGAGGCUGAGACAGAGGAGAGCCAGGGACGACAAAAGAAUGUCCAGAAAGAUUGAAGAGCAAGAGAGGAAGAAGCUUGGACUAGGUACAGGGACAAUUGUGCACAGUCAAUUCCAAAGACAGCUGUCCUCCAGUGAUAGACACAGUGAUACUAGAAGUGAUACAAGCUCUCCUUUGUUAGAUACUCCUGUUGGUAGCCCAGGUCUGAAUGUGACUGCUGCUGAGUUCCAGCCAGGUACUAGUCCAGCUGAAGGUGAUGAGGGUAGCCAGACAUCUACUGUCUCCUUUGCACAGAUGCUGAAAGCUGGAGCUAAGAGUACAGUAUGGCCGAAGAUGAAAUCUGACACAGCCACGUCCCCUGUAUCACCACAAAGUGCUCCUGCAGGCAGUGACGAGAGUGAUAAUGAGGAUAAAAUACCAGUUCCCAAAUUCCAGAGCUCUUUUGGUAGUGCUAUAGAAGCUGCCUUCGAAAGUAUUGGAACUAAAACUGUUACAGACACAUCAAGCCCACAGUCAAGUGGAAGUAAUCCUGCAACUGGCGGUAGUGGCAAGAAAAAGAAGAAACAACUGGUUCUUUUCUCUACAUCCAUGGCAAGAGGUGGAAAGUAGUGACCACACGACAGAUAUUCAUCUAUACACACAACAGCCGAAUAUUUAUUCUGUGAUUUUGGAGUGGAUUUUCUUUGAAUGACAAUAUUUGGAAUGUAAAGAUAUCAGCAUAGUUGAUUGUUUAGUGAUAAUUAUUGUGCAGCAUUGGUGCUUUUGAUGUUGCCCUAGUUUUUUUUUUUCAUAUGCAAACUACAUUGACAUGCCACAGCAUGCUGCUUCGAAUGGAAGUGAAUUUUAGAACUGUUUUUGUAAUAUUCUUGUAUUAUGGUUUGUUUGAGCUUUAAAGACUUACAAGCAUAGUAAAAAAUAAGAUUUCCACACAUUUUAUAUUCAGUGUUUGGUAAUGAGGGUUAAAUUAUUUUGUUGUUAUUGAUUAUUAUUAAUUUGCUUGUUUACAUAAGUUCUUAAUCUGUAUUCUGGUAGAAUAAUGUUGAAUUAGUUCUUUGUAAUUAAACGAUUAAGGUGACAUGCCUCCAGACUUGUGUCAGGUUAAAGAAAUUUAGAAAAUGCUUUAAGUUAUUUAUUGCAAUAAGUAGAAGAAAUAAGUAAUUCCAAUAUAUAUAUAAACAAUUUUGUAGCCAUUGAACUGUUAUUAAAUUCUCAGAGUGUUGGUCAGGUUAUUGAAAUCAUAUUUAAAUUAGAAGGAAUUUAGCUGAAUGUUAUGUCAUAAACAUUAAAUUACCAAUUUAAAUAAGUUAUUCCUUUAUUAUUUUCAAUAUUUAAUGUCACAAGAUAUCUGAAUUAGAAAAAAAGAAAUGAAUUGUUGUUUUUAUCAGUAGGUAUGUUACUUUAUGUUGUUUGAAUGAUUAUGAUAAAUUUGUUCAAGCACUUACACAUAUAAUGUCUCAGGAAGGCUAUGGUUUAAUUCCCUGUAUAGUGUUACAGAAGUUUUGGUGCUGAAAUGAAAACACUGCUUUAGUCUUAGAGACCAUCCACCAACCACUGGAGUGUCUUGUGUAAAGUCUCCUGCAGGGUUUUGUUUACAGUACUUUUCUGUAUGAUUCAUUAGGGUUGAAUAGCACGUGAGUAUAAGAGUUUACAUCAUGAUAUAGUGAAUUGUCCUGUAUUGUUAAAUAUAUCCUGAUUCUUGAAACAUACUAAUAUCUGAUUUAAAACAAACUUUAACACGUCAUGAACUUGAAUACUUCAUCAAUUUAUCGUACCUGUAUGUCUUUUGCAUUCAUUUUCAUUAUAGAAAGUAUUUUUCUCCAACUGCAAACCUAACAUUGUAUGAUGUAUUGUGUACCGUGCAGAAUGUGAAGUGCUGUACUCUGUCACAUAUAUUUUGCUAUCCAUUUUCGAAGUCUAACAAAUAUAAAUCUUAUUUAUGAAAAUGUAUAUUUGUACAGUGAAUGCCUGUUUUGUUACCAGUUGCAGCAAUAAAGCAAAAAAAUUGU